UUCUCUUAAGACACUUGAUUUGUUAACCAUGAAGAGCCUUGAUAGUAAGGUAAAUAUCAUCCCUGUGAUCGCCAAAGCAGACACAAUUUCCAAAACUGAAUUGCAGAAGUUUAAGCUCAAACUAAUGAGUGAAUUGGUCAGCAACGGAGUCCAGAUAUACCAGUUCCCAACAGAUGAUGAAAGUAUUUCUAAAAUUAACUCCUCAAUGAAUGGACAAUUGCCAUUUGCUGUUGUGGGCAGUAUGGAAGAGGUCAAACUUGGAAAUAAAAUGGUGAAAGCUCGCCAGUAUCCAUGGGGCAUUGUUCAAGUGGAAAAUGAAACUCACUGUGACUUUGUAAAGCUCCGUGAAAUGCUUAUUUGCACAAAUAUGGAGGAUCUGAGAGAACAAACUCAUACUCGACAUUAUGAACUUUAUAGGCGAUGCAAACUGGAGGAAAUGGGUUUUAAAGAUGUAGGCCCAGAGAACAAACCAGUCAGUCUUCAGGAGGCCUAUGAAAUCAAAAGACAUGAAUUUUAUGGUGAACGUCAAAGGAAAGAAGAGGAGAUGAAACAAAUGUUUGUGCAGCGAGUAAAGGAAAAAGAAUCAAUCUUGAAAGAAGCUGAGAGAGAGCUGCAGGCCAAAUUUGAACAUCUUAAAAGACUUCAUCAGGAAGAAAGAAUGAAACUUGAAGAAAAGAGAAGGUAUUUGGAAGAAGAAAUAAAUGCUUUUGCCAAAAAGAAAGCUGCAUCUGAACUCCUCCAAAGUCAGCCAUUAAAUGCUUCUGGUCCCAGUGUGAAGAAAGACAAGGAUCGUAAGAAAGAGUCACUUAAAAGUGGGAAGAAUGAAUUUAUGCUGAGGACUUAUUGCUGAGUUGAAAUCAAAGAAAAUUUACUUUUGCUUCUUUUUGGAGAUGGUGAAAAUCUACCCAGAAAAACAUGGCUCCUGUUGAAAAACUGUUAUAUUCACCUACUGUAAUAACUUGUUACUUGAUUGUAAUGUUACAUAUUUCUCAAUAAAACAAAGCUCUAAAAAAACUAUCUUCUUUAGCUCCAUGCAUGAAAUUGACUGAUUAAUUACUAAUAGUUAUGUACA